UGUGAAUUACCUCAAAACCAUUCAGAUUUCCAAUGUCGGCACUGAGCUCCAGGAGCACAACUCCAGAGUUGUCAACCCGUCAAAGCCCAUUCAAUCAACCUGGCACUCACAAUCCUCAGUUCAAGGCGGUCGACGGAGAGGACGCGUAAUCGGCGGCACUCACCAAUUUGAUGGCUACUGAGGAUGCGGCAAGGAACUUCGAAGUCGAGGAAACCCGGAUCAAAACCCCCGAGGGCACCACACAAGAGGAGGGGAAGCACCAAGCAUGCAGCUGCACAGAGAAAUUCCUUCCGGCGUCAGAUUGGGUUACCUUGUCAGAACGACGAGGCCACUAUAGGCCAUUACAGCCGGGUCGUUUGAGAAACAGCUUGCUUGCCGGAGUUGGAUUUCUCGAGCUGGGAAAUGCAGGCGAUUUUGCCGCCAAUGUCUGGAACCAAGUCCCCGUGAAGAAAUGGGUCGCCGUCCUCAUGGCCCUCGGCGCGACGCUGGCCCUGGUGACCUCGCUGUUUGCUUUUCGGGAUGUCACGCUCAGCUGGCGCAACAUACGGGUGCUGAGGGAGGAAAGAUCGUACCUGAAGCGAGAAAGAGCGCGAUGCCGCGACAACAAGGCCUGCCUCCGGAGCGUGGACGCCAUCUUAGGAGUCAACUUCCGUGAAAGUGGCACUGAGCUGCUGGAUCGGCUUUUCGUGGAUGUGCUCCUGGGUUUUGGUGCCCUGCUGGUCAGUGUCGGAACCUAUAUGGCUAUCGGUGGAGCGAACCCCUCCGUGUUCGCUGCCAGCAACCUGCUAUCAGGCUACAUUGGCAACGCCGCAGGUGCACUCUACGGCCUGAUCAAUGCAGGGUGGUCUACCUACGUUUCAAUUCGAGCAUAUCGACAUCGCUCCGCGGGGCUUGCCAGAUUGGAGUCGGACUUCGCCAAAAGUUUGCUGCGGCGCCGCACCAGCAAAGUGCAGACGCACGCAGUGGUGCUUGCGGUCACCGGUCUUGCUGCGGGAGCUGGAGGUCUCAUUACCGCCACCAUGUGGUGGGGUUAUAUCAUUCUGGUUCCCUGCAUUAUCUCCAACAUCUACUGUAACUGGAUGUGGCGCCACCAAAUCGGGUAUGAACGACCUACAGCUGCCAAAAUUGCCCCAAUCGACCAACGGGCACUAAUCACGGAGCUUGAAUACGCCGCCGUUAUGAGCGACUACCUGGGAAAACGGGAACCUUCAAAUGUUGCCAAAGGUGGCGAGUCUCAUGACCCUACAUCGAUCGUCUCGGUCAUCCAGUUCAUGAUUUCCAUUGAUAUUUUCGAAAGCUUCUGCGUCCGUGCCAUGCGGGAGCGGCCGCUAUCUGCAGCUCUUCUGGAAGCGUCAGAGGGAGACUUGACAAUCUGCGAGCAGACAUUUCUGGAUCUGGACCAAAAGCAUUUGCCCUCGUUGUUGGCAAUCGCGAAGAUGCAUGUCAGGGAAAGGGGUCCAGUACAGUUACGGUACCGAGAGAGAUACCUGCUGGAGACUCUGGGGUGUUACUUGCGGGUCCAAGAUGACACACCGGUUGAUAAAGAGCUCGAUGCCCGUCCGAAAGAACCAGUAUAAUAAAGCCUUUAAUGAGAACCAAGUCUUUUGUUUUUCUUAUCUGUAUCGAGGCAGCUCUAGUGGGCAGACAUUCCCUCCGGGGAAUCGCGGUCCUUCCCCCCCCAGUAUAUUCGUCGCUUGAAGUCACGAAGUUUAGACUAUUAUAUUUUGAAUGCCCUUUCCAGCG